AUGUUCGAACCAAGUUUUGGAGAUCAACAAAAUUACACCGAUAUUGAAGCUGUUAAAGUUCCAUUUGAUGUAGCACAAUGUGAUGGUGAUUCUCUUUAUCAAUAUCUACCAAAUAGGUUAAAUAGUCCUAAAGAUGAUGAAUUACAAUCUUCACCAAUGUCAAGUCAUGCAUUUCACAAAUAUAUACGUCAAUCUCAUCUUGAAACAAGCACGACUAAUAGUGUACGAAAAAUGGCUUUAAAUGAAGAUCGUUUAUUUACGACCACUUGGUAA